CGGCGCGACGCGGCACAGUAGUUCUCCGGCGCGCCUCUCCCUCGCUUUAGUCUUGCUGUGUUGUGAUCACGUGGCGAGCUCCGGGCGCGGCGCUUGUUUUGGUUUCUCUCUAGCUUGCCCCUUGCACCUUCGAGAGAGCUUUUCGGUGCCAGUUGCUGCAUCUGCCUACACUGUGACCUCCGCUUCUUAGGGCUUCCCCAGCCCGCAGUUCUGCAAGCCCUUCGGGGCCGACCUCUGCCAUGCCGCUAGUCCGCUAUAGGAAGGUGGUCAUCCUCGGGUACCGCUCUGUAGGGAAGACAUCUUUGGCACAUCAAUUUGUGGAGGGCGAGUUCUUGGAAGGCUAUGAUCCUACAGUGGAUAAUACUUACAGCAAGAUAGUGACCCUUGGCAAAGACGAGUUUCACCUACACCUGGUGGACACAGCAGGGCAGGAUGAGUACAGCAUUCUGCCCUAUUCAUUCAUCAUUGGGGUCCAUGGUUAUGUGCUUGUGUAUUCUGUCACCUCUCUGCAUAGCUUCCACGUCAUUGAGAAUCUGUACCAAAAGCUACAUGAAGGCCAUGGGAAAACUCGGCUGCCGGUGGUGCUAGUGGGGAACAAGGCAGAUCUCUCUCCAGACAGGGAGGUCCAGGCAAUUGAAGGGAAGAAGUUGGCAGAGUCAUGGGGUGCGACAUUCAUGGAGUCAUCUGCUCGAGAGAAUCAGCUGACUCAAGGCAUCUUCACCAAAGUCAUCCAGGAGAUUGCCCGUGUGGAGAAUUCCUACGGGCAAGAGCGCCGCUGCAGUCUCAUGUGAACCCUCAAACAUGGGGUAGCUGCCUGGAUUCUUCCCCUGGCACUUGCCAGGCCACAGUGGGGGCAGGUCCUCAGGACUUCACGGGUAUGGUUGCCAGCUGUGUCCCUGGCCCUCUGGGCACACAGUAAUGGUACCCUUACAUUUGCACACUUUCCCCAGGCUCCGGUGGCCUGGUUGUCAAUGUUUACAAAGGGGCAAGGAUGUCUAAUGGGCACUGGCCUCUGUUUUUGCUAAAUGAAUUCUUAUAACCUGCAGGGUUGUGAUAUGAGUCCUGGGGAUUCAGGACCCAGUCUCCUAUGUAGGUUUUGGAUGUUGGCUGGGUGAAGGGAGUUAGGGACUCCAGAAGUGGAGCUAGCUCCCUGGGGUGACAAUGUAUAUAUGCAAAUAAACUGAGAAAUCUUUUUGUAGUUGA